AUGGCCAACAAAGGUCCAUCUUAUGGCAUGAGCCGGGUGGUGCAGGACAAGAUUGACAAGAAGUACGACACUGAGGUGGAGGAGCUUGUGGUGCAGUGGAUUGUGGCCCAGUGUGGAUCUGGAGUUGGGAAACCCGAGGCUGGCAAACUGGGCUUCCAGGACUGGCUUAAGGACGGAUGUGUGAGUACCAACCCAAUGCCUAAGACCCCUCAAACUGAAACGUACAUUUUAACUUAACGGCAUUCAGAAUUCAUAUUAGCCAUUUAUUUGGACCAUCUUUAUUCAGAGUAAAGAUGUGUCAUCAGCAAAGAGAAUGGAGAAACAAACACUUUGGAAAUCAGAUGAUGAUCAUAUACCUGUACAUUUAAAAACAACAAUGGGCCAAGUAUCGAACCUUGGGGGACCCCACAAGAGUAUAUGACAGUACAGUUGGUUACUUUCUGCCAACAUACUCUUGGCUUUAUGUUCUUAUUCCCCAGGUCCUGAGUGAGCUCAUUAACAGUCUGCAUAAGGACAACAAGCCCAUCAAGAAGAUAGCCAGCUCAAGCAUGGCCUUCAAACAGAUGGAGCAGAUCUCGCAGUUCCUAACUGCUGCCGAGAGCUACGGUGUCAUCAAGACCGACAUGUUCCAGACCGUGGACCUCUGGGAAGGUUCGCAAAGCAUGUCCAUCUUGCAUCUCAUCAAACAAUCACAACACAGGGCAUUACAUAUACCACAAAUAACAGCGGAUGUAGUGGGGGGCACAUACAACGGUGUGGUGUGCUGUAGCUAUGGCGUGGGGACUUAAAGGCCCUGCUGUGAUUUUGUGGUGACAGGGAAGGAUUUGGCUGCAGUCCAGAGGACACUGAUGUCCCUCGGCAGCGUUGCUGUCACCAAGGAUGACGGCAACUACCGCGGUGACCCCAACUGGUUCUUCAAGUGAGUUAGAAGAAUGUGAAGAGUGAUGGUGUUGGAUUGCUGGUGUAUUCAGUCAGUGUGGGGUAUGUAUUGUGCCAGUGUGUGUUUUUGAGUUCAUUGUCCACGUACCCUUGCAGGAAAGCCCAGGAGAACCGGAGGGAGUUCACAGACGACCAGAUGAAGGCGGGGAAGGGUGUGAUUGGCCUGCAGAUGGGCUCCAACAAAGGGGCCAGCCAGACUGGCAUGUCGUACGGGGCCACCCGACAGAUCCAAUAA